GUUGGCAGUUUGUUUGAGGAGCUUGUUGUGGAGUGAGCCCUGGGCGAUUCAGUAGCUCUUUGCUGAUGAUUGGCGAGUGUGGGAGUAUGGUAGCUCUUUUUCUCUGAUGACUUGGCAGGCCUUUUCUGAUAACGUGGCGGCUGGCGAAUGCAGGCACUGGGACACAGGGCAUCGAGGCGCUGGGCGGUUCGCAAUGGCGAGAGGCAAGGGUCCGAAGGCAGAGGAUGAGGGGAUGUCGCGGGAGCAAAAGAUCGCCAAGUACGAGCAGUUCAUCGAGGAGCGUUUGAAGACCGACCUUCAGCACGUAAUGACAGAGAGAAAUAAAAUAAAUGAGGAGUUGAAGAGCUACCGGGACUUGGAAAAGAGCAUUCGCCUUCUGCAAGUCAACGACUUGACGAGCAUGCGGUCGAUGGUAAACUUAGGGUCAGAGGUAUAUGCGCAAGCACAGAUCGACGACACGUCGCACUUAUUCGUGGACAUUGGUCUUGGGUUUCAUGUGGAAUUCACUCUGCAGGAAGCGCUCAAUUUCAUCGACUUGAAACAGAAAAGCCUGACAGCAAAGGUUGACGCGUACACAUCGCAGAUCGCAGAUAUCAAAUCUCAAAUCAAGUUGUUUUGUGAGGGCAUCCGAGAGUUGAUGCGACUACCAUUUGAGGACCACUCUGCAAGGAAACCCAAAGUAGGCUCUUUUGGCGACCGCGACUGAAGCGUAGUGCAUGUGCUCUUUACUCUUUAACAUGUAUGUCCUUCACAUCCAUACGUUCCAGCAAUCUGGAAACGUGGGGACCACCAUAACAUCCUCCUCCUCCUCCUUGAGGAGUUUGUACGGAGACCCGUAAGUACCAUGGGAUCUGUUGGCAAUCGCGAGGGACCACGAUCUUGUACACAAGCUGCACGUGUUCUUGCAGUCUCUAUUGGAUUCCAUCAUUCCACAGUUGAUGAGAUUGCCGUCAUAACAGAGGUCUCAAGGAGAUUCGUACCAUGGGAUCUUUUGGCCAUCGAAAGGAAGCGUCUUGCUUGCUCAGGAUG